GCUGGGUGGCUCCGCCCCGCGCCGGCAUGGAGGGGGCCGUGCGGCUGCGCGCGGGUGCCUCCAAGUGGGACGUGCGGGAGCAGGUGUGGGACUACCUGGAGGCCAGCGGCCUGGCCGCCUUCCCGCGGCCCGUGCACCACCGCAUCCCCAACUUCGAGGGUGCUUCCCAUGCUGCAACAAGGCUUCUGGGUUUACAGGAAUUCAAAGCUGCCAAUACUGUAAAAAUAAACCCUGAUGCUCCCCAGAAGAAUGCUCGCUUUCUAACCCUGGAAGCAAGGAAGACUCUGUUGGUUCCAACACCACGUUUGAGAACUGGUCUGUUUAAUAAGAUUGUUCCACCUUCAGGUGCAACUAAGGAGAUUCUACGGAUAUGUGCUACAUCUCAAGGUGUAAAAGAAUACAGUGUGCCUAUAGGUCUUGAUGGGAAAGCACGAGUGGACUUGGUGGUUGUAGGAUCAGUGGCUGUCUCUGAAAAAGGCUGGAGAAUUGGAAAAGGGGAAGGUUAUGCAGACAUGGAAUAUGCAAUGAUGGUGUCAAUGGGUGCAGUUCAGAAGGAUACACCUGUAAUUACUAUUGUGCAUGACUGCCAGGUUGUUGACAUAGCAGAAGAGCUUCUUGAUGAUCAUGAUUUAACAGUGGAUUAUAUACUCACUCCAACAAGAACUAUCAAGACUAACUGCAAACGAUUGAAACCACAGGGAAUAAUAUGGCAUAAGGUCAGCUAUGAGAUGCUGGAAAAAAUUCCCAUCCUAAAGAGUCUUCGAUACAGAGAGAAACAGGCAGGCAAAGAUGUUACCCUCAAAGACGAACAUCCAGACUUGGCAAAUGCCAGCAAACCAGCAGUGUUAAAUGAGAAGGCAAUGGCUGAAAAUACAAGACCGCAGGCUGCAACUGGCUCGGCUCAAAUAGGACAACAAUAUGUUGAAAGCGAUUCUUUAAGUCCCAGAUUAGAGGAAUCUGGCAUGCUUACUACUGUUUAUGUGGGAAAUAUACCUCCCACUACAAGAGUGAGCGAGCUGAAGUGUGCUUUAAGGGAAUUCCAUGCAACUCCUUUACGACUGAAUUGGCAAGGAGCACAGCACAGGGCUUUUCUCAAUUACAAGGAUAAAGCAACUGCAGAGAAUGCUGUAUCCUCUUUGAAAGGCUUGAGCCUCAGGGGCAAUAUUUUGCGAGUUGAGCUAGCCAAGAAUCAGAGAAACAAAGGGCAAGUCAAGGGGAAAUCAAUAGUCAAAAAUGAAUAUGAGUAGAGGGAAAAAAAUAGGUGAGUUUUUUAUUGUUUUGUGAGAAGCCAACCUAAGUUUUCAAGGCUAUUAGUACAUCCUCUGAUUUUCUACAGGUUGAACAAUGAAGUGCAAAACCAACUUUGCCUCAAACAAACGAGGCAUAGAUAUCACAGCUGACUUGCCUGCCUAAUUAAUUCCUGCAGUAGUAUAUGCAGAAGGUAUUUACAAAGAUGGAUGACAGAGGGGGCCAUGCCUCUAUACAGUUAGCCACAAAGUACCCACACUUUGUGCUUUCCUUUUCCAUUGGCAUUGGGUUGCUUUGCUGUCCUGUUUGUUAAGCCUGGAUAAAACAUGCCCUCUGACAUCUGUGUGCAGCUGCAUGUAGUGGCAUCUACAGAGUAUACGUGCAAAUCUAUACCUGUGAGUUUAAAAGGCAGCAACUGUGUUUCAAGGAUUACAGUCUUGCUAGCUAAGAAACAGGUCUUGCCUUUUAGAAGUUUUCAAUUUUUUUUUUCUUUUAACAUAAGGAGUGUAGCCCCCUUCUCAGGGAUCUUACCUUAAUUCAGCCCUCUCUAAGCACUUUAUCUUGUACAUCUUAUUUCAGACUAGGAGAUGAAAGCAAAUACCAAUUUUAUUCUCUCCCUUUUCCCCAAAACACUUUAGGUGCCUCUUUCAUGGAUACAUAGAAUUAUAAGCUAAAUAUUUCUGAUUGUUGUCUUUUAUAAUUCAGUGCAACUCCAUUGCCUUGGUGAAAUUGCAUUAAUGUAGGUUGUAGCAGAAAUGAAAAGCAGAUGGACCAUGGUCAAAACUACUCAGGUACUGAGUUGUUUGAAAAGUUGCUGGAAAGAGUAGCAAAGCUUAUUCUUCUUGUGCCUUUGUGACCACCAGGGUGGUCUUUCUGCACCCACAGCAUCAGAGUGGUGCGUGUUAGAGAGAGCAAGUACCAGAAAGUUUACUUUAUAGGGAAGCACUAGCUUGAACAGUAAGACUUGCACACACAUGAUUAUUCACUUACAGAAUAAAGCAGAAUGACGAUUUAUUUGGUAUGGUUUUUAUUAUUUUUUUCUUCAGUUCCCUAUUCCUGAAAAACAAGUUGAAUUUUGGCUGAACCAUCCUUUCUAAACAGAAGCACUUUUGCCAUUGAUGCUGGGCACAUAGUCAAAAUAAGCAUCUAAAUGGAUUUUUUUUUAAGUACAAGUUGGAAACUUUUUUUUUAGUCAGAGGGUACUGUUAAGUAUAUUUUAAGCACGUUAUUAUGCCUCAAGGGUCAGACAUUUCGUACAGUAUUAAAUAAAAUGUUCUCAGCGUUAUCAUGUGCUCUGGGCACAGCGGCUCAAGGAAAGCAUUGCUUCAACUUCUUGUAAGGUCAACAAAGGAGAACCUUCUCAAGAAAUAGUGCUGUGUUCUCAAAUGCUCUCUUUUCUUCCAGCUCAAAAUUACUUUCAAUAACACUUAGUUUGAAUUCAAACAUAAGCACUGUAGAGUCCUCUAUCUUAUUUCAGCAGAUGUGCACUUCAGGGCUAAGAGUUGGGUUAUAUUACCGCUUGAACAGACUCAUUAUAUCAUAAGCUUAAAAUGGAGAAAGGAAAAGCCAAAAAAAUGCACAAAAAAAAAAAAAAGAGAGAGAGAGACAUCACCCCUUUUCCCUCCAAAUGGCUGCAAAUAAAGUAACAUGAUCACCUGGUAUUUUUUGACUCUUAUAAUACUGCUUGCUUUGGUGAAGAUGCCCAAGUGUGACCUUAGCAGUUAAAAAGUAGUUACACUGCCAAUGAAAACUUCCAUCGUCUCAAACUUCGCCUGUUGUAUUACAGAUUGAACCAGCCUACUCUGGUCACAUUUGCAGGAAUUCCUCACACUGACUUAUUUCCUUUCCUGAAGUUUCAGUACAGAUAAGAAUAACCACUAUUAACCACAGGGGAGAAAAAUGGUUUUGUGUUUUUAACUGAGGAACAACUAAGAAAUUUAUAAGUGAGAAGUGGUUUGCAUUUAUAUGUUAAUACAUAUUUGAAAGUACUCUAGCAUUUUUUUUCAUGUUAAUCCUAGUACUGUAGCAAGUCUGUUUUAUGAUUGACAGAAACCACAACACACAAUUAAAGAUCAGCUGACCUCAAAA